UCUCCUCUUCCUCCCUUUCUUUCUUAUUCCUUUUCAAUUCCCUUCCUCUAUCCUUCUUCCUCUUCUAUCCCAGUGACACUGCACUCAGUCUACGCUCAUUGUCUGCAUUGGGUAUAUCUCUGCCCCCAAUUUCUUUCUCUUCUUUCUCCCUCUCUCUCUCCGUCAUGUCUGCCUCUUGUUCAGCGUUGAGACGGCUGACCCACAGGUCUCCUCCCCGCACUUGGCUCUCCUCCCGCAUCGCUUCCCUCUCCAGACCUGCCUCCUCCAGCAUCGCCCACAUCACAGCCAGAACACAUCCUUCGACCCUUCGCCGUGUCUCUCGAUUCUCAACCAUGACAUCUCUGCAACAGGCUCCGCCCACAAUUCCCACCGACCGUCCUUAUGAUCCGGAAAUCCAAGCGUUGAGCGACUACAUCCACAACUACAAGGUGGACUCCGACUUGGCGUAUGAUACUGCCCGCCUUGUCUUCCUCGAUACUUUGGGAUGUGGUCUGGAAGCUUUAAAGUUCAAGGAAUGUACCAAAUUGCUCGGCCCUGUGGUCGAGGGCACCAUCGUGCCCAAUGGCACCCGCGUUCCAGGCACCCCCUACCAGCUUGACCCUGUCAACGGUGCAUUUAACAUUGGGGCUAUCAUCCGCUGGCUCGACUACAAUGACUGCUGGUUGGCUGCAGAAUGGGGCCAUCCUUCCGACAACCUGGGCGGUAUUCUGGCGGUCGCAGACUGGAUCUCGCGCACGAACCGUGCCGGCGGCAACCUCGCCAACGGCAAGAUCUUCAAGGUCAAGGAUGUGCUGGAGGCGAUGAUCAAGGCGCAUGAGAUCCAGGGUGUACUGGCGCUGGAGAACUCCUUCAACAAGGUCGGUCUGGAUCACGUCGUGCUGGUCAAGGUCGCAACCACCGCAGUGGUCGCCAAGAUGCUCGGACUCAAUGAGCAGAAGACCGCGGACGCCAUCACUCAGGCGUUUGUGGAUGGUCAGUCUCUCCGCACGUACAGACACUCCCCCAACACCAUGUCGCGGAAGUCGUGGGCCGCGGGUGAUGCCUGUCAGCGGGCCGUGAACCUCGUGCUCAAGGUCCAGAAGGGCGAGGGUGGCUUGAAGACGGUCCUUUCCGCACCUGUUUGGGGAUUCUAUGACGUCUUGUUCAAGGGCAAGAAGUUCCAGUUCCAGCGUCCUUAUGGCAGCUAUGUUAUGGAAAAUGUCCUCUUCAAGGUGUCGUAUCCUGCCGAGUUCCACUCCCAGACUGCGAUCGAGGCUGCCGAGAUUGUGAACGCGAAGCUCAAGGCUAUGGGCAAGAGCGCCAAGGACAUCAAGGAGAUUGUCAACCGCACUCAUGAGGCGUGUGUGCGCAUUAUCGACAAGCAGUUCAAGGCGAUGGACAACUUUGCCGAUCGCGAUCACUGUGUCCAGUACAUGGUUGCCACCAUGUUGGCCUUCAACCGCCUGACUGCCAACGACUAUGCGGAUGGCUCUGAGGCGGCCACCUCUCCCCUGGUUGAGGACCUGCGGAAGCGCAUCCGCUGUGUUGAGGAUCCUCAGUUCACCACAGAUUACCACGAUCCGUCCAAGCGCACCAUCCCUAAUGCGCUGACUGUUACCUUGCACGAUGGUACCGUCCUGGAUGAGGUCGUGGUUGAGGCACCUCUGGGCCACCGUCUGCGCCGGGAGGAGGCCAAGCCUGAGAUCUUGGACAAGUACAAGCGCCACUUGCAGGCACACUUUGAUCAGGCCCGCAUUGACGAGCUUGUCAAGGUCGGCUUGGACCAGGCGGCCCUUGAGAAUUACGACGUGGAUAAGUACGUGGAUUUGUAUGUCAAGGAUAAGAUAGUGGCAGCCUACUAGUAGCAUGUUCAGCGAUAAUGUUAAGUACCCGUUUAUGAGGG